AAACCGUUUCAGUUCAUUCAUCGCUUUGGUAGUUGUCGAGUGUGUACUUAGGUCGGGUCCGCUUUUCCGUCACGACGAAGUCCGUUUUUCGCUGCAAAAGCCAAGUCCGUGUUUUUUACCGAUUUCCGAAAAAAAAGUAAAUAACAUCUAAGCAAACAAUUGUUCGACGUUUCGAGCACUGUUUCGUAGUGUGUUUUUACCCCUCGCAAGGCUACACGGCUAGGCUGCGGUAUAGUAUACGGGUACGGUACACGGUUACCGCGGCUGGUUUGUUAUAUUAGCUGGUGCUUCUGUGUGUGCGGGUCGCCCAGGACAUUAUUUAGCCACAAUAAUAGUCCGUUGCGUUUGGUAGAGUGUUAACGGUAGCGGUAGCAAUUUUCCCGUUUGUGCUGAAAGUGUGUUUGCAAUCGUUCGUUCAAUCGUUCGACGGCGUGCUGAAAAGUGUAUUUGAAAAGAAGUGUUUCUGCCAGUAGAGAAAGAGAGCAAAAAUUAAAGCAAAUCAAUCCCAAGUUGUCGAUCGUUUCCCGACCCAUCAACCCGACCGAUCGUGUGAAGUGUUUCUGCUCGUGUGUGAUUGAUUCAUUGUUGUUUCAUCACAUCCUUCCCGGUGUCUGUGCGACAGUGCUGUUGCGUGCGUUGCGUUUUUGUGUGUGGUGUAGUGAGUAGAGUUAGUUGGAAAAAUUAAAAUAAUAUCGUCGCAUAUAUAAUAAUACCCAAAAAGCAAAGCAAAUAAUUAAAAGCAACCGUGUGUGCCACAAUUUUUCCGUCGAGGUAAAAGCCUGAGUUGUGAGUAAAAGUCCGCAAAAGGCAAGGGAAAAGUUUACAGCUCGGUUCGGUACGGUUGUGCAGGUCGUUGCGCGAAUUAAUUCCCCGUGCUAGAUAUCCUUCAAGCUUCAGCCGCCCGCGUCGAGACCGUGUUUUCUUCUGCCGAGCAGUCGUAAAUUACAGCACCGUAGCAAAACAACCCCAUUUUCGCGCGCGCAAACGAGAUGGAGCACCAGAAUCAGGAUCUCGGUGUGCACCCGGGCAACAAUCAGGCGGAGGUGCCGAACGAUCCAGGAAAAAUGUUCAUCGGCGGUCUCAGUUGGCAAACAAGUCCAGAAAGCUUGAGAGACUACUUUAGCAAAUUUGGAGAAAUUACAGAAGUAAUGGUUAUGAAAGAUCCCACCACAAGACGAUCGAGCUCGUCUGCGAUGGGAUUGGCUGAUUCCUCGGCUCCUCUGUAUUCGCGACCAAGGGGUUUCGGCUUCAUCACAUUCGGCGAUCCUGCCAGCGUAGACAAAGUGUUAGCACAUGGUACCCAUGAAUUAGAUGGCAAAAAGAUCGAUCCCAAAGUAGCAUUUCCAAGGAGGGCACAUCCAAAGAUGGUGACGAGAACGAAGAAAAUUUUCGUGGGCGGGCUUUCAGCGCCAACCACGCUGGAGGACGUUAAAAGCUACUUCGAACAAUUUGGACCGAUUGAAGAUGCGAUGCUAAUGUUCGACAAACAAACCAACCGGCACAGAGGCUUCGGAUUUGUCACAUUUCAGAGUGAAGAUGUAGUGGACAAAGUUUGCGAAAUUCACUUCCAUGAAAUCAAUAACAAAAUGGUCGAAUGUAAAAAAGCACAGCCCAAAGAAGUGAUGCUUCCAGCGAAUCUGGCCAAAACGCGCACCGCCGGGCGUGGGACAUACGAUUUUAUGUGGUCGCUGGGGACAUUACCUGAUGGUUUCCCCGCUGCCGCGUACGCUGCGUACGCAGCCGGCCGUGGCUUUUCCGGCUACCCGAGCUUUGGACUACCGUACCCAACAGUUGACAUCACCAAUGGACAGUUGACACCGAACAACAACACACCGUUACUGACGCAGGCUCUUUCGGUGAUGAACAAUUACCAGGCCGCUGCUGCGGCCGCCGCGCAAGGCUUCGGUCCGCCAGCGUCCCCGCACACCACCACCACCCGGACCGCCGCCGGCUUCCCGAACGCGAACUCGCCCGGACCGACGAUCGACAUGUACAGCUCGAGCGCGGCGGACAGCGUCGGUUACGUUCAAGCCACCAGCCCGCAACCAUCCGGCUUCCCAGCGAUUGCCGUCAGUCGUGCUCCGCUAAAUUACAGCCCGGGCCAACUAAUUCCAGCGGCAUUCACCAACGGCUACCAUUGAAACAAACUAAGCAAUAUUUGAUCACCAUCGCUAGUACUUUGGACUGGAGUUUGACAGACGAGCAGCUGCUUGUGCGCGUGAAUUUGCUGACUAAAACGGACAAGUGGAACCCGAAAAACUGUGGAGCAAGGUUGAAGAAGAUACAGAUAAGAACCAACAACACAUACACACACAUACAGCCAGAAAUUAUGAACCGUUUUGUCACAACAGUUGGUGCAAUACAGCAGCAGCAGCAGCAGCAGCAGCAGCAGCACCGCUUCUCGUCAUCAUUAUUAUCAUCAGCAACAUCACUAACCAGCCCAAACUGCAGAAUGGUCUGCGCACAGGAAGCGGAUGGUCGGAAGGCAGGUUUAUAUGGCGAUUAAUGGUUCAGAGAAAUUGGAAAUGGUAUGGUUUUUUUUAUUAGAAAAUAAUUUCACUAUUAUAGGAGUAAACUGGGAUUUGGUUUUGGUAUUUUAAAAAAAUAUGCCAAAACGCUGUUAAAAUAAUAAUGAGUUGAGAGAAAAUUGGUUUGUUUGAAGCAAACUGCUUCGAGUUUGUUUAGCGUAAAUGAAAGUAAUUGAAAUGUUGCCGUGAGUGGCUAUCAAAAUUGGCUAUACUUUCCAACCGGGAAAGGUGGAUUAAUGAAAUUGGCUCAAAAGCCUCAUAAGCAAUCAAAUUUUCACUGUAUGAGAACAUUUUUUCCCAUAACGUUCUUAUACAGAGUAGAAUAAAGCACACACACACGUCUGCCUAACUUCCUGUUAAUUUACCAAGUAUCCUCAGAAAGGCCACUAGCCACAGCUUUGUUUGUGGUGGAUAGUUGUCAAUUGCAACGUAAUUAUAACAUUGUUUGUAUUGCUUGUGUGGCAACCAGAACGGGCCCACACUUUUCCCACAGUUUCCGCCGCAGUGGUUGGCAUUAAGAGAAAAUACAACAAUAACAAAAAAACAUCAUCAUCGGCUUACAGUGUGUGUGUGUGUGUGCAGAUGUAUCGUUGUAGUGUUUCGUUUUGUUCACAAUUCGCUUUUAAAGCAAACCCUUUAUUGUACACUAUAACCAUUACACUGGUGUUGCCGUUGCUGCUGCAUCACAACGGCUGACGUUGAUGUGGUUUGUGUGUUGUUGUGCUUGUGGCGGCCUCUGCUCUUCGAAGGGGAAGCAUCGCUUACCCAUUUUCGCAAGAUGCGAAGUCUACCAAGUUGUCUAGAAACGUGGCGGAAAGGGAUGUGAGAUAAGAUAAAAAAGUGGCGGGGUGGCGGUAACAAUCUAACGUUAAUAGAACCAGCCCCCCAACGGGUGUUUAAGGCAGUCAAAUUUCACGAGCAGCCAAGCGCAAGGCAAAUGGUAUAUUAUGAACAAAAGGAAGCGAGGCAGAAUAAUGGAAAAAGUUGCAAAUGCAAAAAAUUAUUAACAAACAAAUCAACCCUCAACACACACUCACACACGUUGCUGUCGCGAAAAGCAAACCACGUGCUGUGUGGAAGGGUGAAAAUAAGCGUUAUACACACAGACACACAGACACA